UUUAGGCUUUUGAAACAUUUAAAGCCACGAAGUAAAAAAGCGUAUAUCUGUCUAUUUGUGUUUCCAUGUGUGUGUGGCAGUGACAGUGCGGAUGAAAUAAAUGCUUUAAUUAAAUACACGGCAUAAACAAUCGGCCAGCUCGGAUUACCAUUGGGAGUACGCAGAAAAAAAGAUUCAGCUGUUGUCCCAUGACCCUUUGUCUCCAAAGAUUCUAAAUAACUCGAAUAUUGCUCAAAUGCUUCCUGCCAGCAAUCAAAAUGGGCUGGCAACAACUUAAGCUGGAUUCAAUGGGAAGCACAAAAUCGCAAUAAUUGACAAAUCCAGUUAAAAACUGCCCGGUUCCCCAAAAGAAAACACAAAACCAACAGUAAAAAUAAAUUAAAGUGCAGGCCAAACAAGCAAGGCGAGAAACAACGGAGACUGAGUCCUCAAAUUGCCCCAGAAAAUUGCAUAAAAUUGCAGCUAGCCAACAGGAAGUGGAGAAGUGACAGGGAGAGAUACUACGGCGAUAACCAAAGGACACAGACGGGAUUAAUCCGAACGGGGUCAGUCAUUUACUGCACGAUUGCCAACCCCGACCAAAAGAACUGAAAGUUUAAUUGCCUCUGUUAUUCGGAAAGGAACGAGAAAGCAGGAAAAGCGGGAAAAUCUGGAAAAGCAGGAGAAGCAGUCGAGGCGAAUGCAACAAUUAAAAUCAAAAAGUUUCGGACAAGAUGCUGCUGCCUACGCCGUGGCGACAACAAAUCCCAACUGCUGAGCGCAUCCAUCGACAGCCUUUCCGAGCCUAAGAUCCUGUGGAGCACCAAGGAUACGGACUGCAGAAUCCUUCGAGCGAAAGAAACGGACUGAGCGUGAUAGAGAGUGAGAAAGUAGGAGAAAACCGGCUGGCGAGUGGCGGGGCUUUUAAAUCGCCUGCUUCUAAUUUGAAUGGACUCAGCCGCAUUCGACAUUCAAAUGCAUAUUUGGAAACUUUUGUUAAUUGUUACAAAAUUUGUACGCAUUGGUAUUGCCGACAAAAACGAUUCACCGCCGUAUUUCGAUAGAUUUCUGUACGAGACUGAAAUCGAUGAAAAUGCCGAUUUGCAGAGCACUGUCCUCACUGUCAACGCCAAGGAUCACAAUGAGUCGACGAAUAUUCGAUACCAGAUCACAGGCGGUAACAUAGGCAAUGCAUUUGCCGUACAGAACACCACCGGUGUCAUUUACGUGGCAAGUCCACUUGACUACGAAACGAGGCCAAGGUACGAACUGCGCCUGGAGGCAACUCGUAAUCGCAAAAAUAACUACACUACCGUUGUGAUCAACGUUCGCGAUGUCAACGAUAAUCCACCGGUAUUCGAUCGUCAAACAUAUCGUACACAAAUCACUGAGGAAGACGAUCGCAAUCUGCCCAAACGCAUUCUGCAGGUCACAGCCACCGAUGGCGAUGUAGAUAGACCAAUAAAUAUUGUAUAUUUCCUGACUGGCCAGGGCAUCGACCCCGAUAAUCCAGCGAAUAGUAAAUUUGAUAUAAAUCGCACGACGGGCGAUAUUUUUGUUCUCAAGCCCCUGGACCGAGAUCAGCCCAAUGGGAGGCCACAGUGGCGUUUCACAGUAUUUGCCCAGGACGAGGGCGGCGAGGGGCUGGUAGGCUAUGCGGACAUACAGGUGAACCUAAAGGACAUCAACGACAAUGCGCCGCAGUUUCCGCAGGGCAUCUACUUUGGUAACGUGACCGAGAACGGCACCGCCGGCAGUUCGGUGAUGACCAUGUCCGCCGUCGACUACGACGAUCCCAACGAGAGCACCAAUGCCAAGCUAAUCUACUCGAUUGAGAAGAACGUCAUCGAGGAGGAGACGGGGGCGCCCAUCUUUGAAAUCGAGCCGGAGACGGGACUCAUCAAAACGGCUGUCUGUUGUCUGGACAGGGAGCGAACGCCCGACUACUCGAUUCAGGUGGUGGCCAUGGAUGGCGGUGGACUUAAAGGUACUGGCACCGCCUCCAUUCGCGUCAAGGACCUCAACGACAUGCCACCGCAGUUCACCAAGGACGAGUGGGUUACGGAGGUGGACGAAACGAAUGGCACUUACAUACCAGAGACGCCCAUUCUCACGGUGACGGUUCAGGAUGAGGACGAAACGAACACGUUCCAAUACAAGGUGGUGCCAAACAGUGGUUUCGGGGCGGAUAAAUUUGCGAUGGUUCGCAAUGGCGAUGGAACGGGCUCGUUGAAAAUCAUUCAGCCCUUGGACUACGAGGAUCCGCUGCAAAGUAGUGGAUUCCGGUUCCGCAUCCAGGUCAAUGAUAAAGGCGACGAUGGACCCGGUGGAAGUGACAAGUACCACGUGGCCUAUUCCUGGGUGGUGGUGAAGCUGCGAGAUAUUAACGACAAUGUGCCAAAAUUCGAUAGGGAGCACAUAGAGGUAUCCAUCUAUGAGGAUACGAAAGUGGGAACGAUUCUCGAGCAAUUUAAGGCCACGGAUGCCGACCAGGGCGGUCACUCCAAAGUCGCAUACAAAAUAGUACGUUCCACAAAUCGCAAGAGACAAUUUGCCAUUAGUGAUAGAGGAGCAGUGAGCAUACAAAGACCUCUGGAUCGGGAAACUCAGGAUCGACACCAUAUUCAGAUUUUAGCCAUUGACGAUGGCAGUCCUGCUCGAACUGCAACCGCAACUCUAACCGUGAUAGUCAAGGAUGUCAAUGAUAAUGCGCCGACUUUUGCCCAGGCCUAUAAGCCCACUCUACCAGAGAAUGUGUCUGGUAAAAAAAUUCUUGAGGUGGCAGCCAAGGACCCUGAUGAUCGACUAAGGGGCAAUGGAGGACCCUUUACAUUUCGAUUGGAUCCUUUGGCCAGUGAUGAAAUAAGAGCGGGCUUUAAAGUGGAGUAUGACCGAAGAGGUGACAAUGGAAAUGGUGUGGCCAUCAUCUCAUCCCUUCGUCCCUUUGAUCGCGAGGUGCAAAAGAGCUAUGCCAUUCCCAUCGAGAUCAAGGAUAAUGGAGCUCCCGCCAUGACGGGCACCAGUACUCUAACCGUUACCAUCGGCGAUGUAAAUGAUAAUAAAAUGCAGCCCGGCAGCAAAUCCGUGUUGGUAUAUAACUACCAAGGACAAUCACAGGAUACGCCGAUAGGCAGGGUCUAUGUCAAUGAUCCCGAUGACUGGGAUGUGCCGGAUAAGAAGUACUACUGGGAGGUUCAGGAGCACCAAAGAUUUAAGCUGGAUACGGAUACUGGAAUUUUAACCAUGAGAGCGGGAACGAGAAGAGGUCGUUACCAGUUGCGGUUCAAGGUCUACGAUCGUGAGCAUGGUCAGGAGGAUAUUCCUGCCAAUCUCAGCGUUACAGUACGCGACAUUACAGCAGAGGCCGUUCAGCAGGCGGGUUCCAUGAGAUUGUCGCACAUAACCGAUGAGGAUUUCGUUAGAACUUGGAACCCGGUUAAGAAUCAAGUAGAGCCCUCCAAGCUGGAGAGAUUUCGCAACAAGCUGGCCGAAUUGUUAUACACCGAUAGAGACAAUGUCGACGUAUUCAGUGUGCAACUUAAGGAAGGUUCUCCUUAUCCUCUAACCGAUGUUCACUUUGCAGCCCGAUCUGCAACUCAGCAACCAUAUUUCAAAGCAGUCCGCCUGAAUGGCGUGGUGCAAAUGCAUCGUGAGGAGAUUGAAAAAGACGUGGGCCUGAACAUAACCAUGGUCAAUAUAAAUGAGUGCUUGCAUGAAGGUAAAGGGAAGUGUGGCUCCAAUUCCUGUACCUCCAAAGUGGAGUUGGGCAAAAAACCGUAUACGGUUAGUGUAAACCGCACAGCUUUGGUGGGCGUUCGUUUGGACAUCAGUGCUCAAUGCGUUUGCCGGGCGAGGAACUUCACAUACCAGGAUCACAAUUGCAAGACCCACCUUUGUUAUAAUGGCGGUCGGUGUGUGGAAACCCGAAAUGGUCCGAAAUGCGUGGCCUGUCCGGUGGGCUACAAUGGCCCGCGAUGUCAGCAAUCCACGAGAAGUUUUCGUGGCAAUGGCUGGGCAUGGUAUCCUCCAUUACAACUCUGCCAGGAAUCGCAUCUCAGCUUGGAGUUUAUCACUCGCGUUGCCGACGGCUUGAUACUCUACAAUGGACCCAUUGUCCCUCCAAAGUCGGAGGAAACCGUGAUCAGCGACUUUAUAGCGCUGGAACUGGAGCAGGGCUAUCCGCGGCUACUCAUUGAUUUCGGCUCCGGAACUUUGGAGCUGAGGGUGAAGACCAAGAAAACCCUGGAUGAUGGUGUCUGGCAUCGGUUGGAUAUUUUUUGGGACUCCGAAAAUGUCCGGAUGGUUGUGGACUUUUGUCGCACUGCCUUGGUGUCCGAAAUGGAGGAUGGCACUCCGCCGGAAUUCGAUGAUAACGCCUGCCAGGCGAGAGGACAAAUUCCGCCCUUCGCUGAGUCCCUAAAUCUGAAUCAACCCCUUCAGUUGGGCGGACUCUAUAGACAGCACUUCGAUCAAACCCUGUACAAUUGGCAGUAUGCCUUCAGCUCAAAGGGCUUUGAUGGUUGUAUACGCAACGUUAUACACAACUCAGAGCACUAUGAUUUGGCUUUUCCGGCUUUGGCCAGGAAUAGUUUUCCCGCCUGUCCGCAAACCGACGAAGUUUGCCUGAAAACCGAACACACAGCUCGUUGUUGGGAGCAUGGAAACUGUGUGGCCAGCUUGGUUCAGGCCAAGUGCCAUUGCCAGCCGGGUUGGAUGGGUCCUGGCUGUAAUGUACCCACCAUUCCUACGACUUUCAAGGCCCAGAGCUAUGUGAAAUUCGCCCUCAGCUUUGAGCCCGACAGAUUUUCCACCCAGUUGCAGCUGAGAUUUCGAACUCGAGAGCAGGGAGGCGAACUUUUCCGGGUUAGUGAUCAACACCACAGGGAGUACGCCAUCCUGGAACUUCGAAGGGGCCACCUGCAGUUCCGCUACAAUCUGAACUCCAUGAGAAACGAGGAGCAGCUGCUGACCCUAACCGCAAUCGCAGUGAACGAUGGCCAGUGGCAUGUGAUUCGCAUUAGUCGAUAUGGAUCGGCAGCUCUAAUGGAACUGGAUGGCGGGGAGUCGCGGCGCUACAACGAGUCCUUUCACUUCACAGGGCAUCAGUGGCUGAGCAUCGACAAGCAGGAGGGUGUUUAUGCGGGCGGCAAGGCCGAGUAUACGGGAAUCAAGACCUUUGAGGUGCAGUCCGAUUUCCAGAAAAGCUGCUUGGACGACAUCAGGCUGGAUGGAAAGCACUUGCCCCUGCCGCCCGCCAUGAAUGGCACCCAAUGGGGCCAGGCGACGAUGGCCCGCAACCUGGAGCGCAACUGCCCCUCGAACAGGCCGUGCUCGAAUGUCAUCUGCCCCGAUCCCUUUGACUGCGUCGACUUGUGGAACGAAUACGAGUGCACUUGCAGCGAGGGUCGCAUCAUGUCCUCGGACACCAAGGGAUGUGUGGACCGCAACGAGUGCCUGGACCUGCCCUGUCUGAACGGAGCCACCUGCAUCAAUCUGGAGCCCCGGCUCCGCUACCGAUGCAUUUGCCCGGAGGGCUACUGGGGCGAAAACUGCGAGCUGGUGCAGGAGGGACAGCGCCUGAAGCUGAGCAUGGGCGCCCUGGGGGCCAUAUUCGUUUGCCUGAUUAUCAUACUGAUUCUCGCACUGAUCUUCGUGUUAUAUAGUCGCAAACGCAAGACGACCAAGAAGAAGAAGCGCUCCGGACCCGAGAAGGAUGUCCGCGAGACGGUAAUCAGCUACGAGGACGAGGGCGGCGGCGAGGACGACAUGACGGCCUUCGACAUAACGCCACUGCAAAUACCAAUCAGCGCACAGGGAGGACCGCCGGACAUCGCCGCCUGCAAGAUGCCCAUAAUCUAUCCCGUGAUGACGCUGCUGCCACCUGGCCAGGAGCUGAACGUGGCCUAUCUGAUGGAGGAGCGGAAGCAGCGCAUCGACAAGGACAACAACGCACCGCCCUUCGACGACCUGCGGAACUUCACCUUCGAGGGCAGCGGCAGCAUCGCCGAGUCGCUGAGUUCGCUGGCCUCUGGCACCGAUGAUGAGAAUCAAGACUUUAACUAUCUACAGAACUGGGGUCCACGUUUCAAUGCCCUGGCCGCUAUGUACGUGCACGAUAAGGCGAAAGCCAGCAGCCAGCUGCCGUCGGAUGGCGGAGGAGGAUCUGGAGAUGGACCUGGAGCCUCAUCAUCGUCGCCGUUGGGAGGCGGUGGCGCAGGAGGUGGAUCUGGGAUUCCAGGCAAUGUCCUUGCAGUCGUCGCAACGGGAAGUGGAGCAGGUCCUGGAGGCGGCGGCGGUAGCAGUGGGUUGAUGCCACUGCCCGAGGUCGACAAAGUUGUAUUAUAAAAAUAAAUAGUUAAGUUGUAGUUAAAAUGAUGUUUCAGCUGUAAGCACGAUGAUGGGGGAAAUCCUCAAACCGAAACAGGUGUUUUGUGUGUUCGUGUGUCUGGUUAGGAUUAAAUGUAUGUACAUGUGGCUAACUGUGGAAUUUAAGACUAACUUAAGGUUUUAGGUGUUUCUCACAUAUACGAUGCUAGCUGGUCCUCGGAGAAGAGGCACUUCAUUUACUAUUUUGCUCAAACUCCUCAGUUGAGUUCGUUUGGUUACCUUUUCACUAAUUAAUCGGGAAAAAUGUAAUAAAAAUUAUACGCUCUGUUAUAUUUCACUAUUUAUGACUGUGUAUAUCUGUUAAAUGGUUAAAGAUGAUUAAUUGAUGUAUUAACUUAUUUAUAGUGUAUCCACUAAGUUUUGAAAACUUAAAGAAUCCACUGGAACGCUUUGGCGUAUAACUUUCCCUGGCCACCUUCUUUCAAACAUCUUUCUGUGUCUUCCUUUCAAAGCUCAUCUUCUCGAUGACAUUCAACUGAACCAACUGAGAAAUCAAUGAAUAGUUCUACGAAUUAUAUUACUAUAUAUGAGUACACUAAGCAUACUACAAUGAAAAAGAGUUUAUAAAACUUGCUAUACAUUAGUUAAAGACCAUGUACUAUAAAUACGCCGUUAACUCUCUACCACGUAAGUUGAACCAAACUAAACCGGAAUUCGGCCAACUCCCAGAAAAUGUGGAGCGUUGCAACAUUUGUGUGCCGCCGACUGGGGAACGUGUCCGAUUGCCACCAGGAGCCAGGUGGCACCUGAAAACCGGGAAAGUCGGGAAAGUCGGGCUGGGAAAACAGCGCUGAAAGCUGCGACCGAACCCACGCAGCCACAAAAGUUUGCAGAACGAGGAGGAAAUUUAAUAAAAGUACGAAAAUCAUAACUAACUUUGGUGAAAAUUAAAGGUAAAUGGGGGAAGCUCUACUGUAACAUAAUUUUGUACAUAUUAAAUUCUGUAAUUCUACGACUAAAUUAAUGGCUACUAUAGCAUAGAAAUGAAAACGAAACGAAACAAAACAGAACAACUAAUAGACUAAUUAACAACAAUUAAACCUACAUUUAAUUACCGACAAACGGAAGCCGAAACCAAAUACGAGUGUUGAUCAAACCAAUUUCAUAUUUCUGCAUUUACUAGCAACUACACAACCGUACAGAAAAUGAAAAUAUUAAUGAUAAUAUUGUAAUAUGUAUUAAAGUAUGAGUCAUAAACGAAACAAAUGGUUAAUUACAUUUACGUUAGUUAAUGGACAAUUUGUUAGUAGCUAGCAUUUAAGCAUAAUUUUUUAAAAAUCAAUAAAGCCCCAAAAAAAUA